AGGAAUCAUCCUUUCUUGGUGUAGCCUCUACAUCACAGGAAAGCUCAAGUUUGAGGGCAAGCAAAGUUCUUAGAGUUACUCUAUUGGGUAGCGAAUGGAGGUCAUCAAAAGGAGGCUUGUCAACCAUCAACAGGGAGCUUGCAAUUCAGUUAGCAAAACUUCCCAAUGUUGAUGUCAGUGUGUAUCUUCCGAGAUGUAGUGAGGAGGACAGGAGAGCUGCCAGGAGCCAUAAUGUUCACCUGAUUGAAGCCCAAGAAUUGCCGGGUCAUGAUCAGCCAACUGAUUGGUUGGUUUCUUUACCUAAAGGCCAUCAUCCACACUGCGUCAUAGGACAUGGGGUCCCUCUGGGUCGACAGGUACAAGUCAUUCAAAAGCAGCAACCUUGCAAGUGGAUCCAGGUUGUUCACACAGCUCCAGAAGAACUUGGAAUGUUCAAAAGUUAUGAGGAAGCCAUUUUCAGAGGUGAGAAGNAUUUUUCAUGUGUUGAUCCUGUCACUUUACAGUCCUCGGCAGGAUUCAAAGAAAAUGAAUCCUCAACCAGCAGAGCAGUUCAACGCAAAGAUGCCGUAAUAAACAAGUCCAGGCAAGCUUCAAACAAAGAGGUUAAACGGAGUUCGUCCUCUGUUGCCACUCAAUCUGUGAAACGCCGUAAAGGUUCUGAGCAUUGUCUAGUUGAGAAACACCUUCGAGAUGAAUACAUCCGACGUUCCAAUGUAAAACCACUGCUGUGGGACAGCGACAUCCAACUACCUAUUGAUGACGUUUACACCAGGUUGCAAAUCAAAUGGAGAAGGAAAGCUUAUUUUCAGCUAACGGAGAAGGAGGUUCACAUGUAUGAAAUUUUCAAGCCUGCUACAGAGGGUGAAAAGGGCGCCAGAAUGUUUGAAGGGGAACUUCCAUCUAAUCGCACAAAGCUUUAUCAGAUUAUUUUUCGAUGCUUGCUAAGGCGAUAUUGCUCCCGAAAUGGCCUGAACGUUCAUCAGAAUGCCGACAAAGCCCUAGAGAAUCAAUUUAAAGAGUCCAUACUUGUACUUGGGGAGCUAGCGUGGAAUUGUCUUCUAGAAGACCGCCGUUCGUUUUCGGAAGAGGAACUGGACAAGCUAGAACAUUCGAGGACCCGUGUGAGAAGAUUUCCAGCAAUCAAAUUGGGCCUUGUUUUCAUGGAAGCCAGUUCAAGGCUAAGUCAUGAGCCAAGGCAUCAGUGUCAUUUUCUUCACAAAACGUUUCAAGAGUUUUUAGCUGCCUUCUACCUAGCAAACGAGCUCUUGACGAACCAACCAAACCCUACUUUAGGCAAGAAGGAUGUUUGUGAAAAAUACAGACAAGUAUUUUUUUUUGUAGCUGGCAUAUUGGGUAUGGAAGGAACGGUGUUUUUCAAACAGAUAGGAACGAUUCUGAGAGGACACUGGAACUGGCGUUUUCCUGAUGAAGACUCUAAGUUCUUACUUGACCUUUUAGAAGAGAGUGGUGCUGCUGAUCAUUUUGGCAAAGUUGUCUGCCCUCUUAUUUCAUUACCAAUUAAUUUUCAAGGGGGUAAGGAAGAGCGGUCUUGCCUGAGGUUGAUACGAUAUGCUUAUGAAGGCGCCAUGCUUGAAAGUGAUUCAACACCAGUACUAACCACACUUAGCCUGUGUAAUGUACAGUCUUUUAAUAGAGACGAUGUGCAUAAUUUCCAUCGAAUUCUCGAAGACAGUCAAACUCUCACAGAGCUUGUCAUUUAUAAAAUCGAGAACAUGUCCCAUGAUAUUGCAGAUCUGUUCGCUGAGAGUGUGUCGUCAAGCACUUCAUUAAGAAAAGUCACGCUGAAACUGUUGGACAUGAGUACUGAGAGGUGCACCUACAAUGCUAGUGCCUUGUUAUCGGCUUUUUCACAAUUGAACUGUGUUGCGCUUGAAUUCUUUUGUAUUCUAAACAACACUGUUGCAGAAGCUGUAAAAGUGUUAUUAAAAACAUCACUAAGAUCUCUCGUGCUUACUGUUUAUGGGGAUCUGGAUGACUGUUUAGUGUCGUCAGUUAGUGAAGGACUUGCAGAAGAAACCGGGCUGGAGUCUCUUAGUCUUGUUGUUCAUGGAAAACUCAGCAACCCUGGAAUUGUAGCACUGCAGAAUGGUGUUCUACGAAAUAGAACUUUGCACUCUUUAGAGUUACAGGUGUAUGGAGAAAUCCCAGAAGCGUGGAUGACAGCUGUUGCUACCCUACUGGCAGCCAAUAAGUCAUGGAAGUCUCUUAUUAUUCAUCCAAGUGUAUGCGGGAAAAUCAAACAUGAAGAAAGUUUGCUGCUCUUUCCGAUUCUAGGUGAU